CGGCGCAUGUGCCUGGCCACCCCGCCCCGGCCCUGGAUUCCACUUCCUCUCCGCUGGCGCUGCCGCCGCAGCCGCCUUCAGGCCCCGCGCCGCCUCCCGAGUCCAUGGCCGGGACGCGCUGGGUGCUCGGGGCGCUGCUCCGGGGCUGCGGCUGCAACUGCAGCAGCUGCCGGCGCACCGGCGCCGCCUGCCUGCCCUUCUACUCGACCGCCGGCUCCUUUCCCUCGGGAGUCUCGGGCCGCCGCCGCCUGCUGCUGCUGCUCGGGGCCGCCGCGGCCGCCGCCUCUCAGACGCGGGGCUUCCAGAGCGGGCCUGUGACCGCCGGGAGGCUGGCGGGCCCUCCCACCGCGGCCGCGUCCGCCGCCGCCGCGGCCGCCGCCUCGUACCCAGCCCUGCGCUCCCCUUUGCUGCCGCAGUCACUGGCGGCGGCUGCGGCGGGCCCGGCCCGGGGCUACAGCCAGGAAUCCAAAACUACCUACCUGGAGGAUCUUCCGCCUCUCCCUGAGUAUGAAUUGCCUCCGUCCAAGUUGGGAGAGGAAGUGGAUGAUGUUUAUCUCAUUCGAGCUCAAGGAUUGCCAUGGUCUUGCACUGUAGAAGAUGUGCUUAGCUUUUUCUCAGACUGCAGAAUUCGCAAUGGUGAGAAUGGAAUUCACUUCCUCUUAAAUAGAGAUGGGAAACGAAGGGGUGAUGCCUUAAUUGAAAUGGAGUCAGAGCAGGAUGUGCAAAAAGCCUUAGAAAAACACCGCAUGUACAUGGGACAGCGGUAUGUGGAAGUUUAUGAGAUAAACAAUGAAGAUGUGGAUGCCUUAAUGAAGAGCCUGCAUGUCAAAUCUGCACCUGUGGUAAAUGAUGGCGUCGUUCGCUUGAGAGGACUUCCUUAUAGUUGCAACGAGAAAGACAUCGUAGAUUUCUUUGCAGGACUGAAUAUAGUAGACAUUACUUUUGUCAUGGAUUAUAGAGGGAGAAGAAAAACAGGAGAAGCCUAUGUGCAGUUUGAAGAACCAGAAAUGGCCAGCCAAGCCCUUUUGAAACAUAGGGAAGAAAUUGGCAACCGAUAUAUAGAGAUAUUUCCAAGCAGAAGGAAUGAAGUUCGAACACAUGUUGGUUCUCAUAAGGGAAAGAAAAUAGCAUCUUCUGCCACUGCUAAAUAUAUAACUGAGCCAGAAAUGGUCUUUGAAGAGCAUGAAGUAAAUGAGGAUAUCCGACCCAUGACAGCUUUUGAAAGUGAGAAGGAAAUAGAAUCGCCUAAGGAGAUGUCAGAAAAGCUUCCAGAGGCUGUUGAUUUUGGAACUACGUCUUCACUACAUUUUGUCCACAUGAGAGGAUUGCCUUUCCAAGCCAAUGCCCAAGACAUUAUAAAUUUUUUUGCUCCAUUGAAGCCUGUUAGAAUCACCAUGGAAUACAGUUCCAGUGGGAAGGCCACUGGAGAAGCUGAUGUGCACUUCGAUACCCAUGAGGAUGCUGUUGCAGCUAUGCUCAAGGAUCGGUCCCAUGUUCACCAUAGGUAUAUUGAAUUGUUCCUGAAUUCAUGUCCGAAAGGAAAAUAAAACUUCAAAGGAUUCCAGAUAAUAAGGAUGAAGCAAGAAGCAUUUCAUUUGCACGUCUUUCUUGGACUUGGGAUCUAAAGUUCCAGUUUUUAGCAUCAACUGCUAGAGAAGUGAUUUCAAGAUUUUGGAUUAAUUGCUUAAAAGAAAAAUUCCAUAGUGGACUGUUCAGAGAAAAAGAUUCAGUUUAGGAUUAUGAUACAAACCUCAAAUUUAGUUUUUUUGUUUAAAUUGUCCAGGAUCUGUUUUAAAAAUCUGGUCUUUAUUUUAUAUAAUUGAAGUUUGUUUUCAUAAAUGAUUUGUGACCCAGAAGGCUACAUAUUUUUAUUCAGCACUGUCCUUCAAAAUCUUUCUCCCAUUUUAAAAAUUAUCUGUUUGAGGUUUUGGUUUUUGCCUAUGAAUUAAGAGAUACAGUGUAAAACUUUUCAUGGAAUAAAAUACUGAUUUAUUUUAGCCAAAUGCUCACCAAAGCAAGGAAAGGUUUCAGGCCCUUGAACCAUUAUAGUUUUGCAGAGUUAUUUUAAUUUUAGAUGUAUUUGAUUACUUAGAUGGGGUAGGAAUUAAAAAAAUAAAUAAAUACCACAUGUUAGUGUAAAUGACAAUAAUUUGGCAGUUUUAUGUCUUUAGAAAUGUUUUGCCUUUUUCAGCCUUGUGCUAAAGGCAUUUAAUAUUGGUGCCUGUAUGAUUAAGGAGGGAAUUACAGUCUCAACUUAAAAGUUGUCUAACCCAUCCCCUCCUCAUCCCAGUGCCCACCCCACCCCACCCCCACCAAUCAUCUUGUUUUGAUUUUUGGGUAAACCUUAAGGUGUGUGUUAGUCUGAGAACUGUGAAGUGACAUGUCAUAACAGUCCUGACUUGUAAGGACAUUAAUGGCUUCACUUGAACUUAAACCAGCUCUAGGUAGGAAAAAAUCUUGUCUCCUCAUUUGCUUUUUCAGUGGGGUAGCACAUCCCAUAUUUUAGAACAAGUAGGGGUGCCUUGCUUAAAUAAAAAUAGCAUUUAAUGUAUAAUUGUGUGAAAGGUUUAUGGGUAAAGCUGUAUUUGUCACAUUGUGGCAGUACCUUCUGCUUUAAUAUUAAACAGCUUGUUAUUUAAAUACUGGAUCAAAUUGGCUGGCUUCAAACUGUAGUCAUUAAUAAACUAACUUUAUGUGCACCUGUGUAGGAGAAUCAAAGUUCUGUAUAGUUUCUUUGCCUUGUUCCUCUUCUCAGGGUGACAACUGUCAUGUGGUUACCAGGAGAUGCAGUUCUAGUUCUUAAAGUUGAAUUAGCCCAGAUUUCUGAGAGGUGGUAUCUGAAAGAGAGAUUAUGCCUUCUCUCACUUAAAACAUAACCAUCUUCGAAUACCAGCUAAGAUGAAAUCGCUGUACUGUAAGUAGUCAAUAAAUGAAGACUUGUUUCAGGCUGAAGAUUACCUAAGAGUAUUUAUUUUGGAGUGUGUGAAUCAACCUAAUAUAUUUUUGUUACAAGUCCUGGUUUAUUAAUAUAAGAAGAAAUGGUUAAUUUUUAGUUGUGUUUGUUUUUUAUCAUCCUAUAAGAAUGUGAUUCAGUCAACCAGCUUAACAUCUUCCAUGUUACUACCUAGAUAGAAAUGUAUUUUCAUAUGUGGUUGAGUGUACUGAGCUAUGUGAACUGGUGUUUGUAGCCGUAUGAGCUAUUAGAAUAUGAUCUUUUCUCUCUCUCUCUCUGUACAACUCUUAGAAAAGAAUGAGAGCAAAAGCAUUAAGAUGUUCUGUGGUGGGUAAGCUUGAAGGGGUAUAUCUUCUUACUGUAUUAGUGGCCAAGUUCUCAAAAAAAACUGGUGUGCAUUCUUGGGAAGUCAUCUUAUGAAUUCAUGUAAUACUUUUCAAGACUCCCUUUAAUAGGUUAUUGCUCAUAAUUUAUGUUAGUAAGUAAUAGCUGACAAGGCAAAUGUAGUGCAGGAAAGAGAAGAAAAGCACAUAAUAGAGUAAAAGUAAUUUUUAUUUUUAUCCAAUCUAAAGACAUACUCCCUCUGCCCCCCUCAAAAUGUGGCAACACUGGUUUGUGCAUCAUCAUUUUCUAUUGAAAGAAUAGUGGCAGUGAAUUUGCUCUUGGCUUUGGGUCCUUUGUGUCUUUAUAAUCUCCUCUGUGGUAAAGCUGUCAA